AUGAACUUUAGGAGGAUUUUCCUAGUCAAGUGCAUGCUGCUUUUAUUUCCCUGUGUAAAAUGCUCCACCACCAACUGGAUUUACAUGGCCGUGAAUAAGACAGCUCUUCUCAGCAUCGCUGCUGCUGGAAGCGUAUAUGAUGCAACGUGGCUGAGAGACAGAAAUAAGUUGCUUCAGAUAAAAGAUAACAAGGUUAAGUACUAUGCAAAAAAGGAGCAGUGCAGGUGUAAGGUAUUCCUAAAUGGGACUCUGCAAAUACAGCAAGUGGUGAAAGAGGACAGUGGGAAGUACAAGGUGACUGUUUAUGAGCCGGAUGGAAGAUUGAAGGCAGAAGAAUAUACUAUGUUCAUCGUUCAGGAGCCUGUCCCUCAGCCAAUCCUCAGUGCUGAAUGCAGGAAUAAAACUGUAUCUGUCAAGUGUGAAGUGAAGCAGAAGACUAAAGACGAAACAUUUACAAUAGAACUGACUCAAGAUAAAAUUAAAAAAAUCCAAAAGAAUGCAACGAAGUUGGAAAUGCACAUGCGGAAUUCUGGGACGUUCCGAUGUGUUGUUAAGAACCAAGUCAGUGAAAAAAUGGCUGAAAAAGUAAUUAAGUGCUCAGGCCAGCUGGACCUUUAUCUUGUCUUAAGCAUAGCAGGAGGUGCAAUCUUCUUGGUCAUCUUCGUGAUUUUGCUUAUUUAUUGUAUCAGGAAGAAGAAAGCAGAAAGGCUUGAAGAUGAUGAUGAGGAGCGAAUGAUGCGGGCUCGCCAGGUGGACAGUGAAAUGGUGGUGCGGGAGCUCCCUCAGACGCAGUGCAAUCCCACCCCGAAGCAGCUGCGAGUGCAGCAGCGGCCGCUGCCGCAGCCCCAGAUGCAGCAGCAAGCACUGCCCCCGCGGCCCAAGCCCCGCACUCAGCAGCGGACUCCAAACCACCCGAGAGAAAAACCUUGA